AUGAACUGCUUCGAGGAAGAUGUUCCAAUGCCUCUGAGUCCUAUGGCAGACUACUUUAGCAGCUCUCUGAUAAACGUGUUUGUCAUGGCUGUUGCUGAAUCUGAGAUUCCAAUUGAUGAAUCAAAAGUUUUACCUCUGCUUAAGAACAAGUUACUUCCCAUCUGCUCCAGAUUCUCUUCUAUCAUGGUUACUGAGAAGAAUGGGAAAAAAGUUUGGAAACAAGUUGAUGUUAAUCUAAAGGAUCACGUCAAGAUUCCUAAGUUUACAUCCAACAACCGAACACUCAAAUUAUACGACCAGUGUUUUGAUGAAUACAUGGAAAAAAUAGCAAUGGAACAGAUACGAGAAGAUAAACCACUUUGGGAAGUGCAUUUGUUUAAGUAUCCAACGAGCAAAUGUGAAGGAACUUUUAUAUUUAAGCUCCAUCACGCACUUGGAGAUGGCUUCUCUUUCAUGACAACUUUCCUUUCGAUAGUGGAAAGUGCUGAUAAUCCUUCUAUUCCAGUAAAAUUUCCUUCAAGUAAAUCAUCAACAAGCACCAAUGGCAUGCCAAAACAAUUAUCUCAAACUGCUUCUGUGAUGUUCAAGAGUGCAGUUGAUUUUGGCUGGAGUUUGUUGAAAAACAGCUUGAUACCAGAUCAACAAACACCAUUAAGGUCAGGGCAUGAAGAUGUAGGGUUUCGACCUAUGAGAAUAGUUAACGUUUCCCUCUCUUUGGACAGCAUUAAAGAAGUCAAAAAUAAACUCAAAGUGAGCGUAAAUGAUGUGUUGGUUGGCGCAAUUUUCCUUGGCAUUGAACUGUACAUGAAGGCAAAGAAUCACAGAUCAAGAAGUGGUGAGAGUACAGCAUUGGUGCUGCUGAAUACCAGGAAAAUUAGGGCUUACAUACCAGCGAAGGAGAUGCAUGCUACUAACUCUACGGCACCUUGGGGGAACAGAUUCCACUUCAUGCAUGUCCCACUGCCCAUGUUAAGUCAUAACAAAAAAUUGAACCCACUUGAGUUCGUUUUAGAUGCCAAGAAAAAUAUCAACAGACAGAGAAAUUCUUUGGCAGUACCAAUGACUGGUGUGCUUUUACGCUUGUUGAACCAAAUCAAAGGACCACAGGCUGCUACAAAAUACAUGUAUAAGAUAAUGAAUAAUGCAAGUUUGAGCAUCUCACACAUGGUAGGACCAUCAGAGAAAGUGUCUUUGGCUGAUCAUCCAAUCAAUGGCUUCUACUUCAUGACUGUUGGUUUAUCUCAGAGUAUGACAGUGACUAUCACAAGCUACAUGGGAUAUUUAAGAGUUGGAUUUGGAGUAGAAGAAGGCUUCAUAGAUGAAUACCAACUCAAGUCAUGUUUCGAGAUAUCUCUGCAGAUGAUAUUGGAAGCAGCAAAAAAUUUACCUAUAUGAAAACUAUAUUAUUGAUCAAAGAAUAGUUAUUACGUACUAUAUGUUUGAAAUGUUUGAUAGCAUAUAUUAAACUUUUAAAAAGCAAAAAUAAUCAAUAAAAUGGAUAAUAAAAAUCCAACGAAUGUGAUCCAUA